AUCUUGUUCCCAAUGUCAGCACUCGAUUCACCUCCUCGGACUCAUGAGCUCUUCUCUUCUCUGUGUCACCGCUUGUUAAGCCUAAACUUGGUGUCGUUACCAGAGUUUGCCACCUUCGAGGACGAUCCGGUAACUGGAAUCCGCGAUACGUUCUCACUCGGAACACCUCUGGUCACCCUCUACAAUCUCCUCCCUCCACAUUAUCCUCGAAUCAACCUCGACUUGGAAGUAUUUACCGGCGAUGAACAUUGUAGACGCCUUGCGGUCGCUCUUUUUUCUAUGAAUGUCGAGCAAUUCCUUCAUUGCGAACGAUUCUCUUACAAUGAUCUACAAGACAUGGACGGAUUACGAAAGGCAGCUCUGGCAGUUCAUUUGAUACUCGACAAAUGCUCAGAGGCGGGACUACUAGCAAUUGCCAGGUACCCUUAUCCCAGAGAAUUACUACCGUCGGUAUCACAAAUACAACCUACUCGGUCAGAGGAACAAUGGAAUGAAUGGGUGGAACAAACGGUUACCUUCGAACGAGAAUAUAUUGAACAUAUCGCGCUUCUCGAGGGAUGCUCGAAAGCUCUGGCUAUAAACAAUGUUCUUGAUCAAAAAAUCAUCGAUCAUGUUCUUCCGAAAAAGUUCUUCACUUUCACGCGCAAAAUGUGCGUGCGCAUGGAAUGCACUAGGGCUCUCCCCUGGCAGCAACAAUGCUGGGGUCGUCUAUUCACGGGAUAUGCAGAGGAUAUCGGAAUAAUGUACCGAAUCUAUUGCGUCAACACGAUCUUGGCUCGGGAAAGACUCCUGAGCGCGAUCCUAGAAGUAAGCGGUUUGAAGGUUACAGAUUUGAGGCUUUCAAACGUGUCUAUCGCCCAACUUCUGGAAACCCCAUUCAGACACCUCUCCCAAUAUGUCAAACAACUUGAGGCACUCAUACCGAUUUCGGCUUCUAUUGCGCACUCUCAUCAUACGACAUUGGUUGUAGCUCGGGACAUGAUCCGGCGAAAAUUGCAUAGUAUUGUGACUGCUCAGGAAGAAGCAACGACAAAACAGAAACUUGCCAGCUUGAAACUCCGUAUUCUUGAUUGGAAAGGCCUUGAUCCCAGCAACCCGUCUGAAUUUGGUUUCCUUUUAUGUGAAGACCAAUUGCUGUUACGCAAAAACGGCGUCCUUCGGACCCUGUGGAUUUUCUUAUUUCGAAACAUUCUCAUAUAUUGCGACGAGACACUGCCGGAACCUGGUAAUAGUUCGCGCAGAGGCAAAAGAAAGCUAUCAACUGCUACAGUCGCACCUUCACCCGCCAAAGAUAGCACAACCGAGACCAACCUCGAUAUGAAAGGCUAUAUUCACAUAGCACGAAUAAAAGACAUAAGUACAUCUACGAUGAUACGAACGGAAGAGUCACGACUGAGAGUGUACAACGCAUUGUUAUUGUCAACGGACAUCGAGACGAUUGCGCUGGCGUACCCGUCAAAGACACAGAUGCAUGAAUGGCACCAGAUGUUGGAAGGCGCACGCUCAGCAAGCACCCCCAUGUCAAUGGCGAGUGUCAAAGCACUUGCCAAGGUGUAUCUUGACGAUGUCAGCAGUACUUUUAUGAUCGCCUUGUCGUAUCCGGUGAGGUAUGAUGAUCUCAUGGCGAACAUAGAGAUGAAGAUGCGCCGACUGGGAUUCUUGCAAACCCAAAGUGACCAAUCCCAAUACCAACGGCACCUAGUGGUGGACAGGGUAGCUGGAAACGGGUUACUGGUAAGGGUAACAUCGAAUAACGACGACGACAUAGUCGAAGCGUUUUUUCCGGGAUCCAUAACCGAACUGCAUGUGCAGAAAUGGUAG